GAAAGCAGGACAAGGGGACUCUUGCAGAGAUACACAGACUUUCAUCCAAGGACCCAUCAAGCGCACCAUACCCAGCUCUUCCCCGCCUACAGAUUCCCUUUGACAGCCAUGAAGACCCUGCUUUGGACCCUGCUCUUGCUGUGCCUGUGUGUGCCAGGGCGCAGUGACUGCCAGAGGGACUGUCUCUCUUGCAGCCAGCGCCUCUUCCAGCAUGACACCUUCAAUACUCUGGUGUGCAUUGUCGAGUGUGGGGGAAAGGUCUCGACUGCCAUCACCUGGGAGAUAUGCCGGAAGGUUGUGGGUUUGCCACUAGGGGGUGUAUUAGAGAGAGGAGUGGUGGCCCAACUGCCCCUGGCGGAGGAAGGCCUGCUUUACACUGGAGUACUGAAGCAAUUUACUGACAUCACUCGGGCCUUUGGAAUGGACAACAUCGAAGGAGAGAAACUGGUCUCCAAAAUCACAGGGGCUUUCCACAGAGAGGAGGAGGUGGAUGAGAGCCUGUUAGAAGAUGACAAUGCUCAUGGCACUCCUCAGGUGACCAAUGGCCUGUCUAAGCGUUUUGGAGGUUUCAUGAAGGGAAAGUACGGGUACAGGAAACUUAUGGGCCCUGGGCGGUCCUUGCAGAAGCGCUACGGAGGAUUCAUAGGCAUCCGAAAAUCUGCCCGCAAGUGGAACAAUCCAAAGCGUUACAAUGAGUUGCUGAAGCAGUACCUGGGCAUCUCAACACGCUCUAAUGAGUAUGGCAGCAUAUCUGCUGACAUUUCCAAGCAGAAUGAGAUCUAGGACUAACUGGAGUUUCCAAUAUUAAAACUUUUAUGGCAUGUUAAUUUGCUUUGUUUUGUAACCGUAACAAGAAGAUGUAGAUAAUAAAAAGUAAAAUGUUAAAAAAGUCCUUGAAAACACAACUUGUCAGAAUAGUUUUUGUGGGAUCUGACUGUCUCAAAUCUGUUGUUUUUUUAAAGCAGUUAACUUUAAGAGACAACUUACAGUAUGUUGUUUGUGAAAGCCCAUCACAUUUUCAGUCCUUUCCAUUAAAACUUUAACAUCGUUGCCUUUUCAAAAAAACUAAAUUUGCCUGUCUGUUGGCAUUUACAGCUAUUUGCUAAACUAAAACUGUAAAAAGCAUUGUAGCUUCAAUGCACCACAUUCAUGUUCAAUUUGACCCUAAAUAUAUAAUUCUGUGGUGGAUCUUUAGUGCAUUAUUCCACAGUUCUCUCUCUGGACUCCAACUUAGCCAACUUGACAUGAUUCUGUUACGAAGUAAUUAAACAUUUCAAGCUCUGUUAUACCCCAGCAAGAAAAAAUAGAUAUUAAUAAGGAUUUUCAUUUUCACCCAAAUGUACAUAAACAUCUACUGAGCUGAUAGUAUAUGGUAAAAUUCUUCUCAAAUAUGUAAACACUAUUUUUAAAACCAUAUAAGGCACUACACAGUCUACUAGCAUAUAUAUACACACACACACUAAUUAUAUAAUAUAUAUUAUAUACACAGACGUGCUCAAAUUUGUUGGCACCCCUCCACAAAAAACGAAGAAUGCACAAUUUUCUCUGAAAUAACUUGAAACUGACAAAAGUAAUUGGCAUCCACCAUUGUUUAUUCCAUAUUUAAUAGAAAUCAGACUUUGCUUUUGAUUUUUUAUUCAACAUAAUAUUGUAAAUAAGAAAACAAAUGAAAAUGGCAUGGACAAAAAUGAUGGGACCGCUAACCUAAUAUUUUGUUGCACAACCUUUAGAGGCAAUCACUGCAAUCAAACGUUUUCUGUAGCUCUCAAUGAGACUUCUGCACCUGUUAACAGGUAGUUUGGCCCACUCUUCCUGAGCAAACUGCUCCAGCUGUCUCAGGUUUGAUGGGUGCCUUCUCCAGACUGCAAGUUUCAGCUCUUUCCAUUGAUGUUCAAUAGGAUUCAGAUCAGGACUCAUAGAAGGCCACUUCAGA